CUGUGAAAGCGCGAGGAGAGGAGAGGCUUCACGACGAUCCCUCCUCUUCUCUCUCUCUCUCUCUCUCUCCUUCAAUUUCUUGCAGCUUCCUUCUAGAGAGAGAAAACUUUCUAUUCCCAAUUUUGUCCCUCACCAAUUCCUCAUUUCUCAUUUUUACCUCUUUUCUUCUCUCUUUCUCUUUCCCUUUCUCUGCUACUACCAUCUUCAAAUCCCAAUUUCUAGGGUUUAAUUCUCCCCCAAUUCCUAGGGUUUUCGUCUCAUCGAAUCGAAUGGAAGCUCGCGUUGGGAACAAGUUCCGUCUUGGUCGCAAGAUUGGUAGCGGAUCGUUCGGCGAGAUCUAUCUUGGUACGAAUAUCCAGACAAAUGAAGAAGUUGCAAUUAAGCUUGAAAAUGUCAAAACCAAGCAUCCUCAAUUGUUGUAUGAGUCAAAGUUGUAUAAAGUACUGCAAGGAGGAACUGGGAUUCCAAAUGUGAGAUGGUUUGGUGUUGAAGGAGAAUACAAUGUCCUUGUGAUGGAUUUACUAGGCCCUAGUCUUGAGGAUUUAUUCAAUUUCUGUAGCCGGAAAUUGUCCCUCAAAACUGUUCUCAUGCUUGCUGAUCAGAUGAUAAAUCGAGUUGAAUUUAUUCAUACCAAAUCAUUUUUACAUAGGGACAUUAAACCAGACAACUUCCUCAUGGGUUUGGGGAGGCGUGCAAAUCAAGUUUAUGCCAUUGACUUUGGCCUUGCUAAGAAAUACAGAGACACCUCUACCCAUCAGCAUAUUCCUUACAGAGAGAAUAAGAAUCUGACAGGAACUGCUAGAUAUGCUAGUAUGAAUACUCAUCUUGGAAUUGAACAAAGCCGCAGGGAUGACUUGGAGUCACUUGGAUAUGUUUUUAUGUAUUUUUUGAGAGGAAGCCUUCCAUGGCAGGGACUGAAAGCAGGAACUAAGAAGCAGAAGUAUGAGAAAAUCAGUGAGAAGAAAGUUUCUACCUCUAUUGAGUCUCUAUGCCGUGGCUACCCCUCAGAAUUCGCUUCAUACUUCCAUUACUGUCGGUCGCUGCGGUUUGAUGAUAAACCAGAUUAUGCAUAUCUGAAAAGGCUUUUUCGUGACCUUUUCAUUCGUGAAGGAUUCCAGUUUGACUACGUCUUUGAUUGGACCAUAUUGAAAUAUCAGCAAUCUCAAAUUGCUGCUCCUCCUGCACGUGCCGUUGGCGCUGUCGCCGGACCAAGUUCUGGCUUGCCGCCAGCUAUUGUAAAUGCUGAUAGACAGACAGGUGGGGAAGACGGCAGGCUUGCUGGUUGGUCUUCAUCAGAUCCUUCUCGUAGAAGAAACUCUGGACCUAUUGUAAAUGAUGGAAUCUUAUCCAGACAAAAAGCUCCAGUUACAAGUGACUCAGUUGGAUCUAAAGAUGUUUUGUUGUCUAGUUCUAAUUUCCCCCGGACACUUGGGUCUACAAGGCGAGGUGCUGUUUCUAGCAGUCGCGAUGCAGCUGUUUUCAGUGAGACUAUGACCUCUCAUCAUCCUCUUGGUGUGGAUGCUAGUCCAGCAGCACUCCGGAAAAUCUCUGGUGCUCAAAAAGGUUCAGCUAUCACAUCAUCGGAGCACAACCGAACAUCCUCUGGAAGAAACACAUCAAACAUAAAGAAUUUGGAGUCAACUCUCCGAGGUAUUGAGGGUCUGAGUUUCAAUGACGAGAGGGUACAGUAUUAGUAGCUGCCACUCUCCAUAAGCUAUCUUAGCAAUUUCUUAAAAAGCUUUAUACCUUUUUCUUGAACUACCGAGUGAGGUUUUAUCUGUCCAUUUUGUUGAAGGAAAGCUACAGUAAGUUGUGAAUUGUCGCUACAAAGUAUAUAAAAAGGCUUCUGUUAAAUUGUGAAUACAGUUUAUAUUGUC